GGCCCCGCCCCGGAUCCUCCCGCCGCCGUCGCCGCCGCUGCGCUGCAUGCGCCUCGCUCGGUAGCCGCCGCGGAGCCGCCGGAGCGCACGUGGAGCCGCCAUGGGCUGCCUGGUGCUGCAGGACGGGUCGGUGCUGCGCGGCCGCCCCUUCGGGGCCGCCGGGGCCGCCGCCGCCGGUGAAGUCGUCUUCCAGACCGGCAUGGUGGGCUACCCCGAGGCCCUCACCGACCCCUCCUACAAGGCGCAGAUCCUGGUGCUCACCUACCCGCUCGUCGGAAACUACGGGGUCCCCCGGGACGAGACCGACCCCUUCGGCCUCAGCAGGUGGUUCGAGUCCAGCAAGAUCCACGUGGCUGCGCUGGUGGUGGGCGAGUGCUCGGAGACCCCCAGCCACUGGAGUGCGUCCCGCUCCCUUGACCAGUGGCUGAAGGAGCAGAACAUCCCCGGGCUGGAAGGGGUGGAUACUCGGGCCCUAACGAAGAAGAUCCGUGAGAAGGGGACACUGCUGGGGAAGCUGGUGCCGGAUGGGACCCCUGAGAAGAGCCUCGCCUUUGAAGACCCCAACAAGCGGCACCUGGUACAGGAGGUGUCGCUGAAGACACCCUGCAUGUUCAACCCCGGUGGGUCACUGCGCAUCACAGCGGUUGACUGCGGCCUCAAGUACAACCAGGUGCGGUGCCUGUGCGAGCGGGGGGCGGCCGUCACUGUGGUACCCUGGGACCAUCCACUGGACACUGCAGACUUUGAUGGGCUGUUCAUCAGCAACGGCCCCGGGGACCCGCAGCUCUGCCAGGAGACAGUGUCCAACCUGCGACGGGUGCUGGACGCACCCCAGCCUAAACCCAUCUUUGGGAUCUGCCUGGGGCACCAGCUGCUCUCCCUGGCCCUCGGCGCCCGCACCUACAAGAUGAAGUAUGGGAACCGUGGGCACAACCAGCCAUGCCUGCAUGAGGACACACGGCGCUGCUUCAUCACGGCGCAGAACCACGGCUUUGCAGUGGAGGCGGGCAGCCUGCCACCUGGCUGGGCCCCGCUCUUCACCAACGCCAACGAUGGCUCUAACGAGGGCCUUGUCCAUGAGCACAAGCCCUUUUUCAGCGUCCAGUUUCACCCUGAGCACCGUGCCGGCCCCACGGACCUGGAGGGGCUCUUCGACGUCUUCAUGGAGGUGGUGCGGGACCUGCGGAGCGGAGACGGCAGUGCCCGGACAGUGCGGGAGCGCCUGCAGGACUGGCUGAGCUAUGAUGAGGUGCCGGUGGGGGGUCGGGAUGCGGCCCGGCCCCGCAAGGUGCUGAUCCUGGGCUCCGGUGGCCUCUCCAUUGGGCAGGCAGGCGAGUUUGACUACUCCGGCUCGCAGGCCAUCAAAGCACUGAAGGAGGAGAACAUCCAGACGGUGCUGAUCAACCCCAACAUCGCCACGGUGCAGACCUCCAAGGGGCUGGCAGACAAGGUCUACUUCCUCCCCAUCACCCCGGAGUAUGUCACCCAGGUGAUCCGGAACGAGCGCCCCGAUGGGGUGCUGCUGACCUUCGGGGGGCAGACGGCCCUCAACUGCGGCGUGGAGCUCACCAAGGCAGGCGUGCUGGAGCGGUACCACGUGCGGGUGCUGGGCACUCCUGUCGCUUCCAUCGAGAUGACGGAGGAUCGCAAGGUCUUCGUGGAGAAGAUGGAGGAGAUCGGGGAGCACGUGGCACCGAGUGAGGCCGCUGCCUCCCUGGAGCAGGCGCAGGCAGCGGCAGAGUCACUGGGGUACCCAGUGCUGGUGCGCUCUGCCUAUGCCCUCGGGGGUCUGGGCUCCGGCUUCGCCAACAACCGGGAGGAACUGGUGGCACUGGUGAGCCAGGCCUUCACGCACACCUCCCAGGUCCUGGUGGACAAGUCCCUGAAGGGCUGGAAGGAGAUCGAGUAUGAGGUGGUGCGGGACGCUUACAACAACUGUGUCACGGUGUGCAACAUGGAGAACCUGGACCCACUGGGGAUCCACACGGGCGAGUCCAUCGUGGUGGCACCCAGCCAGACCCUUAACGACACCGAGUACUUCAUGCUGCGGCGCACGGCUGUGAAGGUGGUGCAGCACCUGGGCAUUGUGGGCGAGUGCAACAUCCAGUUUGCCCUGAACCCCGAGUCGGAGCAGUACUACAUCAUUGAGGUGAACGCCCGGCUCUCCCGCAGCUCGGCCCUGGCCAGCAAGGCCACCGGCUACCCCCUGGCCUAUGUGGCUGCAAAGCUGGCCCUGGGCAUCCCCCUGCCCCUCCUCAGGAACUCUGUCACCAACUCCACCACAGCCAACUUUGAGCCCAGCCUGGACUACUGCGUGGUGAAGAUUCCGCGCUGGGACCUCAGCAAGUUCCUGCGCGUCAGCACCAAGAUUGGCAGCUCCAUGAAGAGCGUGGGGGAGGUUAUGGCCAUUGGGAGGAACUUCGAGGAGGCUUUCCAGAAGGCGCUGAGGAUGGUGGAUGAGAACUGCGUGGGCUUUGACCACACUGUGAAGCUGGCCUCAGAUGUGGAGCUAGAGACACCGACGGACAAGCGGAUCUUUGUGCUGGCGGCCGCGCUGCGGGACGGCUACUCCAUUGAGCGGCUCUACAAGCUGACCAAGAUCGACCGCUGGUUCCUGCACAAGAUGAAGAACAUCACAGACCAUGCGGUGCUGCUGGAGUCCUACCGUGAGGAGCAGAGCACCAUGCCGCCCGCUGUGCUCAAACGGGCCAAGCAGCUUGGCUUCUCUGACAAGCAGGUGGCCCUGGCCGUGCUCAGCACCGAGCUAGCUGUGCGGAAGAUGCGGCGUGACCUGAAGAUCCUGCCGGUGGUGAAGCAGAUUGACACCGUGGCAGCGGAAUGGCCGGCCCAAACCAACUACCUGUACCUGACCUACAAUGGCACCGAGCACGACCUGGCCUUCCGUGAGCCCCAUGUCAUGGUCAUCGGCUCUGGCGUCUACCGCAUUGGCAGCAGUGUCGAGUUCGACUGGUGCGCUGUUGGCUGCAUCCAGGAGCUCCGCAAGAUGGGCUUCAAGACGAUCAUGGUGAACUACAACCCCGAGACAGUGAGCACUGACUAUGACAUGUGCGACCGCCUCUACUUCGAUGAGAUCUCCUUUGAGGUGGUGAUGGACAUCUACGAGCUGGAGAAUCCCGAGGGUGUGAUCCUGUCCAUGGGUGGGCAGCUGCCCAACAACAUCGCCAUGGCCCUGCACCGGCAGCAGUGCCGCAUCCUGGGCACCUCCCCGGAGGCUAUCGACUCAGCCGAGAACCGCUUCAAGUUCUCCCGCCUGCUUGACUCCAUCGGCAUCAGCCAGCCCCUCUGGAAGGAGCUCUCUGACAUGGAGUCGGCCAAGCACUUCUGCUGCAAGGUGGGGUACCCCUGCGUCGUGCGCCCCUCCUACGUGCUGAGCGGCGCUGCCAUGAACGUGGCCUACUCGGAUAGUGACCUGGAGAAGUUCCUGAGCAAUGCCGUGGCCGUGUCCAAGGAGCAGCCCGUCGUCAUCUCCAAGUUCAUCCAGGAGGCCAAGGAGAUCGAUGUGGAUGCGGUGGCCUGCGAUGGUGUGGUAGUGGCCAUCGCCAUCUCAGAGCACGUGGAGAACGCCGGGGUGCACUCGGGUGAUGCCACGCUGGUGACGCCACCCCAGGACAUCACCCCUAAGACACUGGAGCGCAUCAAGGCCAUCGUCCACGCCGUUGGGCAGGAGCUGCAGGUCACGGGGCCCUUCAACCUGCAGCUCAUCGCCAAGGAUGACCAGCUGAAGGUGAUCGAGUGCAACGUCCGGGUCUCCCGCUCCUUUCCAUUUGUCUCCAAGACCCUGGGGGUUGACCUGGUGGCUCUGGCUAGCCAAGUGAUCAUGGGAGAGGACGUGGAGCCUGUGGGUCUAAUGACGGGCACAGGCAUCGUUGGUGUCAAGGUGCCCCAGUUCUCCUUCUCACGCCUGGCGGGCGCUGAUGUGGUGCUGGGUGUGGAGAUGACCAGCACGGGCGAGGUGGCCUGCUUCGGGGAGAACCGCUGUGAGGCUUACCUGAAGGCCAUGCUCAGCACCGGCUUCAAGAUCCCCAAGAAGAACAUCCUGCUGACCAUCGGCAGCUACAAGAACAAGAGUGAGCUGCUGCCCACGGUGCGGACCCUGGAGAGCCUUGGCUACAAGCUGUAUGCCAGCCUCGGCACCGCCGACUUCUACACUGAGCACGGCAUCAAGGUGAUGGCCGUGGACUGGCACUUCGAGGAGGCAGAUGGCAGCGAGGCCGGUGCCCGGGAGACCCAGCGGAGCAUCCUGGACUACCUGGCCGAGAACCACUUUGAGAUGGUCAUCAACCUCUCAAUGCGCAACUCGGGGGGCCGCCGUCUCUCCUCCUUUGUCACCAAGGGGUACCGCACCCGGCGCCUGGCCGUCGACUACUCCGUGCCGCUCAUCAUCGACAUCAAGUGCACUAAGCUCUUUGUGGAGGCUCUGGGCCAGAUUGGGGCAGCCCCCCCGCUGAAGAUGCACGUGGACUGCAUGACAUCCCAGAAACUCAUCCGUCUGCCAGGCCUGAUCGACGUCCAUGUCCACCUCCGCGAGCCGGGCGGCACUCACAAGGAGGACUUUGCAUCCGGCACGGCAGCCGCCCUGGCUGGGGGUGUCACCAUGGUGUGCGCCAUGCCCAACACCAACCCUGCCGUCACCGACGCCACCUCCUUUGCCCUGGCGCAGAAGCUGGCCGAGGCUGGGGCCCGCUGUGACUUCGCCCUUUUCCUGGGGGCUUCCUCGGAGAACACCGGCUCGCUGGGCCCCCUGGCCGGGGCGGCUGCCGGGCUUAAGAUGUACCUGAACGACACCUUCUCCAGCCUGCGGAUGGACGACGUGUCGCUGUGGAUGGAGCACUUCGAGCAGUGGCCGCGGCACCUGCCCGUCGUGGCGCACGCGGAGCGGCAGACAGUGGCCGCUGUCCUGAUGGUGGCCCAGCUGUACCAGCGCCCCGUGCACAUCUGCCAUGUGGCCCGCAGGGAGGAGAUUGUCCUCAUCAAGGCAGCCAAGCAGAAAGGGAUCCCGGUGACGUGCGAGGUAGCCCCACACCACCUCUUCUUGUGCCGGGAUGACCUGGGUCGCCUUGGGGAGGGCCGAGCAGCCGUGCGGCCGGCGCUGGGCACCCGCCAGGAUGUGGAGGCGCUCUGGGAGAACAUGGACACCAUCGACUGCUUCGCCACGGACCAUGCCCCCCACACGCUGGAGGAGAAGCAGGGGCAGGAGCCGCCCCCCGGCUACCCCGGCCUGGAGACAAUGCUGCCACUGCUGCUGACGGCCGUCUCGGAGGGGCGGCUCACCGUGGAGGACAUCGUCCAGCGCCUCUAUGAGAACCCCCGCAAGAUCUUCGGGCUGCCGGCGCAGGAGGACACCUACGUGGAGGUGGACCUGGAGCAUGAGUGGAUCAUCCCCAGCCGCACGGCCUUCUCCAAGGCCCGCUGGACGCCCUUCGAGGGCAUGAAGGUGAAGGGGACGGUGCGGAGGGUGGUCCUGCGUGGGGAGGUCGCCUACAUCGAUGGGCAGGUGCUGGUGCCCCCCGGCUACGGGCAGGACGUGAAGAAAUGGCCCUCGGGAGCUGUGCUGGCGCCACACGCAGCCCCCACCAAGGAGAGCACGAAGACCCCUGAGCGGCCCCGGCAUGUCGUGGCAGCCGGCGAGAUGCUGCGUGGCCGAGCGUCCAGCCCCCGCCGGGCCGGCCCUGCGGGCGAGGGACGCUUCCACCUCCCGCCCCGCAUCCACCGGGCCUCCGACCCUGGGCUGCCAGCGUUCCGGAGGCUGGGAGCCGUGCACCGCCCGGGCACCCGAGGCACUGCUGAGGACGCCCGUGAAAAGGCCGGCAGGAAGGCAGUGGAAGCAGAUCCAGCUGUGAUCCAGGACAGCUACUUCUACCCGCCGGGCACUCUCCCACGCCAGGCAUCCCCCCAGGGCGCACCCCACUUCCAGACCUCCCCGCUGCUGCACCCCCUCGUUGGCCAGCAUGUCCUCUCUGUCCAGCACUUCUCCAAGGAGCAGAUGUCGCAUCUGUUCAACGUGGCACACACCCUGCGCAUGCUGGUGCAGAAGGAGCGGAGCCUGGACAUCCUCAAGGGCAAGGUGAUGGCAUCUAUGUUCUACGAGGCGAGCACGCGGACCAGCAGCUCCUUUGCGGCAGCCAUGAGCCGGCUGGGUGGCUCCGUCCUGUCCUUCUCGGAGGCCACCUCAUCAGUGCAGAAGGGCGAGUCACUGGCCGACUCCGUGCAGACCAUGUGCUGCUAUGCCGACGUGCUGGUGCUGCGGCACCCCCAGCCCGGCGCUGUUGAGCUGGCUGCCAAGCACUGUCGCAAGCCCGUGAUCAAUGCCGGGGAUGGGGUGGGGGAGCACCCCACGCAGGCGCUGCUGGACAUCUUCACUAUCCGUGAGGAGCUGGGCACCGUCAAUGGCAUGACGAUCACCAUGGUGGGCGACCUGAAGCACGGGCGUACGGUGCACUCCCUGGCCCGCCUGCUCACCCAGUACCGCGUCAACCUGCGCUACGUGACCCCACCCGGCCUCCGCAUGCCCCCCGACAUCACCAGCUUCGUGGCCUCCAAGGGCAUCAAGCAGGAGGAGUUUGGGAGCAUUGAGGAGGCGCUGCCGGACACCGACGUGCUCUACAUGACCCGCAUCCAGAAGGAGCGCUUCCGUCUGGCCGAGGAGUACGAGGCUUGCUUCGGGCAGUUCAUCCUCACACCCCACAUCAUGACCCGGGCCAAGGAGAAGAUGGUGGUGAUGCACCCCCUGCCCCGUGUCAAUGAGAUCAGCGUGGAGGUGGACUCGGACCCGCGCGCCGCGUACUUCCGGCAGGCGGAGAACGGGAUGUACAUGCGGAUGGCGCUGCUGGCCACCGUCCUGGGCCGCUACUGAGCCAAUAAACCGCGUCACUCUGCCG